CAUCAAUCAUCAUCUGCCAGGCAACAUAAUUCCCACUGAACAAGAACGACCCGUACCUCCCAAGGCUUCUAUUGCCAUACCAAAUCAAGGUAUCGAUAUAUCUUCCGCCAUCCGGAAUCCUUGGACUUCUCUUUGGUAGCCAACUAUCAUAUACUACAACCUACGAACUCAACAGAAUCCAACCCCUAGACGAAGCUUCUCGAUUUCGUAGCCAUGAAUAUUAUUGAAUGGGCCUUCGGCAAGCGUAUAACGCCCGCGGAGCGUUUGCGCAAAAACCAGCGCAUGAUCGACAAGGCAAUCCGAGAAUUAGACCAAGUACGAGUUAAGUUGGAGAAGCAAGAGAAGACGCUCGUCGGCCAGAUUAAACAGAGUGCGCAAAAAGGACAGAUGGGAGCGGCCAAAAUCCAAGCAAAGGAUCUCGUCCGUACGAGGAGAUACGUCGAGAAGUUCUACGGAAUGAGGAGCCAGCUGCAGAAGAUAUCAUUGCGACUACAGACGCAUCGAACAAACGAACAAAUGAUGCAAGCUAUGAAAGGAGCCACGGUGGCUCUUGGCAGCAUGAACCGAUCUAUGAAUUUACCCGCCCUACAACGUAUCGCUAUGGAAUUCGAACGAGAGACUGCUAUCAUGGACGAAAGGCAGGAAAUGAUGGAUGAUGCGAUCGACGACGCCAUGGAUGUGGGUCUAGAGGAGGAGGGCGAUGAAGUUGUAGAACAAGUUUUGGAGGAGAUCGGUGUCGAUCUUAACCAAGCCUUUGGAGAGACUCCAACGGGCCUCCAGGGCGAGAAAGUUGCCGAUAGUCGGAUCGCCCAAGCCAUCGGCGGCCCUAGCAGUGGUGGCGGCGGAGGAGAUCCUGGUGACGAUGACCUCCAAGCCCGCCUCGACAGUCUGAGAAAGUAGAUUCUGGACCAGAGGCGUGAUACCGUUUGCUAUGACAAGAGGCUCAGCAUAUUUUGACAGUUAUGGUCCGUUGAUAUUAAACUAGCUGCAAAGGCUAAUACGUGUAGUUCUAAGCAUGGAGCAUGGGAUGGGGCAUUGAUUCAUUUUAUUAUCCUAUUCCAUAUGAGACAAGACUAAUUGCGAACACAACUUAUUCGAGUACCAUUUUCAAGAUAUCGAGAACGCCUUCCUUGUCUAGGGGCGCUGGAUUGGUUUUAGUCGAUCGAUCUUCCAAACUAAGCUCAGCGAUCCGGUCAAGUCUAUCCUCCCCGAUUCCGAACUCCCU